AUGGUUCUUGCCAGCUCCACCACCACCAGAGUCCUCUCCAUGCUGCUCCUGCUCACGAUGCUGUUCCACGGGGCACUCCAGAUUCCAGUCAGUCCCUCAGCUCCCUCGGGCACAGCCAGCACAAUGAGUUGCUCCUCAAUUGCCAAGGAGAUUAUGAAGAAGCUCAACGCAUCCCGACUCGAUGACGUGGACGCCAGAGAUCAACUCAGGAACCUUGAGCGUUGCCUGCCGGUUGUGAAUACCUCCAACAAGACAGGCAUCUUCCUUGAAAAUAAUCCGGAUGACUUCCAGACGAAACUAAAGUACUAUGUGAGCCAACUUAAGAAUCUGCAGCUAACACCUCGUCCAACAUCUGACUCUGCUUUCUGCCCCGAGUCCAAGGAAUGA